GCAAAGUCCAAACCUUGAAUGAAAUCAAUCCAAAGGGAAUGCAGAAUUCAGAAUCAGAAGAAGAAUUGCAGAUGAACAACUGCUGCAUCCAAAUCCACUAAUGCAAGUUCUUAUCGUUUCUUGUAUUAUCAGAGGGACUAUAGGGAUUCAACCUCAGAGAAUUCGUCGAUUCAACACUUGUGUGAUAUUUUGCAGGUGCAAAACUACUGGUGUGCCUUAUCUUUAUUCCAUGGGGUGUUUUUCUUCAAAAGUGAUAGCAAGAUCAAUUAGUUUCCAUGAAGAGAGAAAGAAGAGAUCACAGAGAGCAAGUAAUGGUAUUCCACUGUUGGAAGAUCUAAUAAUCUCCUCUGGUGGCAGUGAUCAGUACCUAGCUCUUGUCUGUGCAGCUAACACAGUAUCCAACAAACUGCACUCUGGGAAUCUUAGUUCUAACACAUCCUCAAAACUUGCCAUUGAGCCUGCCAUUUCUGAAACCAUCAAGAAUUUGAAGCCUGUAUCAGAAAGACUAGUUCAAGGAGAAGGGAAGAAAAUUGAGAGAGAGAAAAAGAACAGGUCCAAAAGUUGGCACCAGUUUCCAGAGCAUAUUGUGCAGUCUCUUGCUCAGGAGAACUCAUCUGGUUUUGAUGAUAAACAUGACUCCAGUUCUAAGGGUGCUGCACGUAGUAAGAGUUUUCACACAGUGGAGGAAUAUGAUGAUAUAGUUGAGAAAAUAUGGUCAAGCAAGUGUCAUACAAAUCAACAAAGUGAGUUCAAUGAUGAAGAAGAUUCUGGUUCAGGAUCAAAUACAACUCACCACACUGAUUAUGCAGUCAAGAGCAUGCAAGUACCAAGCUUAAUAAAAAAGCAUUCAUUGAAAGAAAGAAAAAUAGUGAAGGAGAGCAAGAACUUGAUUACAGCAGCAUCAGAAAGCAGCACAGAAGCUCCAACUCCAAGUCCUAAUAAUAAAAGUAGCAUCAUUGAGAAGGGAAAUAAGAGAAAAGCUGUGGCAAAGAGGCUAGAAUCACUUAGAAUCCCUUCCAGUGUUGAAUAUCCAGCCAUUGCUAGUCUUAGAGAAUGGCUUCCCAAAGGUGGAAUAUACUCUCCUGGAUCCUAUGUCACCCCAAAAUUUGGUAGCUAUUCUAUAAUGGAUAUCAGUAAUGCAAAUGAGUCCGGUGAGGAUUCUAUAUUCAGUCCAGAGUUGGUGUCUGCUUUUGAACACUGUAUGAAGAAACUUGAAGCAGAGGAAGAGAACAUUCUGAAACAAAUUGUAGAGCAUGUGGAUGAAGAAAGUGAAGCAAGCAGCACCAUGAAAGAACACUAUGCAUAAAAGUCACACUCAUACUUCAGGUGAAUUUUGUUUAUAAAGGAUAAAUAGCAGAUAAUGUUGCCAUUUCUACUCCUCAAUAUCGUUCACAUCUUCAAUGUCUGUGCAUGUGAAUUUCCAGUUCACAUAUUUUCAUUCGAGAGUAUUUUGGAAAGAGCUGCAAUAAUUUUUAUGACAGUCAAUCUAAAUUUA